CUACUGCAAUUAGUGGCGGUUAGGGGGGGCCCGUCGUCGUGAAGCCGUCCAGUGGUUUGUGGCCGUUUAGCGUUAUCUGCAGCGUGUCAGCGACUUUAGGUGCAGUGCCACCUCACUCAUCACCACCACGACCGCCGCGCCGGGCCCGCCGCCAGGGGUCGGGACUUGGUUGACAAUCCUUUUUUUUCAUGUGGGUAGCAGCCCUGACGGGAAGGAUGGAUGGACUCUCGUGGAAUUCGAGAUCCGAUGAUAUAUGUAUCGUGCUCGCGCUGGUCGCAGUGCGGUACCGACCUUGGGUACUUGACAUAGUUUCAUGCUGCUUUGCCUUCCUCCGACAGCCGGCACCAGAUAGACAUCAUCACCACCCAUCAUCGUCAUCGUCAUCGUCAAAGGAGGAAGUCGACGUCAGGCAGCAACAACACCACCCAACAUGGCGACGACAACAACGAUCAUGGCCACCACCAUCACUACACCAGGACCCAUCCUGCUUCCACCAACACCACCACAGACACCACCCCUCGAGGCCAAAAGGUCGUCGUCAUCAUUUUCCCCCAUCUCCAGCGACGCCUUUUAUUCCGACGACAACCUGCCAACACUGCCGCUUCCAGCAGCAAAAACCACCCACCUCCCUCUGUCUUCCGCCCUUGGGCUACCCAGCCCCAAGAACACAACAUUCACAUUCGAAAAACCCCCUCCUCCCCCCGCAAAACCAACCCUCUCUCGCCUGGCAGUCUCAUCCCGCCUCUCCGAAUUAGGAUGGAAAUCCCGUCCUCGCCAAGGACCCCAAGGCGAUUGCCGACAACUCCAAAAGCCAAACAAAAGUCUCCAAGUACCCACGCUGCUUCCUGGAGGCGUCCCGGCCGUGGUUCUGCAUGGGCCCAAGUGCGAGUGUCGGGAGCGGGAAGAGACAACAGAGAAGGCGGGCGAUGAUGAGCUAGUAGCAAGGGUGUUGGCGCUGGCACAACGCACGGCAGUGAGACAGCGGCUUGAGCAGCAGAGGAGAAUGAGGGAAGAGCAGCGAAGGGCAGCAGAAAAGAGGGAGAGGAGUUUAGAGAGGAAGGGAAAGAGGGGUGGCAUGAUUUGUGGGUGGAGAGUUGGCAUACCCAAGGAAGUGACGAGGUUUUUUUCGAGCAGGACAUCAUCUGUCUCGCUGUCCGACUCCAGUUCCGACUCCGACUCUGACCCCGAGUCGACGACGGUCACCGGCAGCACCAGCAUGGGACUCGGAUUCGACCAAGACAAAAUCACCGAUCUCUGUCUCGCCUGCUCCAACCUCGACAUUGACAAAAUCGUCACCCACCUCUUUACCAACAAGGUCCCCAUCAACGGGCGAUGUACCAUUACUACCUCGGCGGAAGUUCCACUUGAUUCUCAACCAGUCGAGACCACCCCCCUCUUUUCCGUGCUUCGCUCUCCCCUCUUCUCGACUCGUCCAAAAGGUCAGAUGGCAAUCCUCCGACUUUUGCUCGACCUGGGCGCCGACCCCAACGCUUCCAUUUCCGUCGUCCCGCUAUCAUCCGAAUUCGAAUCCACCCAUCUUCCAGCCCAAACACAGCCUGGAAGGCUCACCAUCCUCAGCGCCGCCUCCAUCCUCGGUCUACCAGAAGCAGUCUCCCUCCUCCUCGAGCGCGGCGCCAAGGUCGACGCAAGGCAAUCCAGUCUGCCACUUGGCGUCGAUGGAAAAUGGGGCAAAGGGCUCAGCGCAUUGGACGUGGCCACAAUGGCAGGCCACGAUCGCGUCGUCGAGAUUCUUCUUCGGGCAGGUGCCAACGUGACAGGAACCUGCGACCUCUUUCUCCCCGCUCAACUGCCCAUCAACAAAUUCGCAGGAGGGAGACCAAAACUACAAAGUGCAUCAACUUCCAACCUCCUCUCCAAGCCUUCUCAAUCGCAACUUCUCCAAGUGCCAACUCCAGAACCCCAAUGGCCCACCCCCUUACCCAUCCAACGAAAGACCACCCGCCUCUCAGGCGUCACACCCCUCCACCUCGCCUCUCUCUCCGGCAACUUAUCCAUCGCCUCCAUGAUCCUCUCCUCCUCCCCCUCCAACAAAGCCGACAUGACCAACGCCCGCACAUCCACCACCAACAACAAUAUGACUACCGGCGGACGAACCCCCCUGCACUACGCCGCCGAAUCACUCAACCUCGAACUUUCCUCCCUCUUACUGUCCGACCCGCGCACCGACCCCGACGCGACGGACGACGACGGCGCUACGCCCCUUGCAUUGCUCGUCAGCAAGCUGGAAAGUACCUAUUCCAUGAGACAGCAAGAGGAAGUCGUCGAGUUAGUCCGCAGGUUACUGAGAGCCGGAGCGAACGCGGGAGUAGUCCGGUGCGGAACGGAGUUGUUGAGCUUAAAGGCGAGGUUGUUGGCUUUGGAUGAUGGUCGUGAACAUGGAAACAGAAGAAGGUGGGGGGAUCUGUUUGAGGAGGAUGCGAGGGGGGUGUUGAGGGGGAGUGUUAAGCGGAGGUAUUGAAGGCACCUAGUUUCUAGAGGUUGAGGUUAAUGACAAGGGACGAUGAUCUGAUGGAUCGAUGCAUUACAGGCGUUGG